GCUUCUGAUUCUACAAACCAACGUGGUGGUUUGUAGCGACAUAAAACUGAAACAUUGAAGCUCUUUAGACCAAUUUUGUGUAUAUUAUUCUUAGUGUUUGGAACAUAAUUCUGUUUACUUGUCUACUAGUUCAUUUAAACGUAAUUUGCUUGUUAAAUUGAUACUGCACUUGGCAUGAGUUCGCUGAACUAGACGGAGAAAGAAGCUCUGGUGAAAGGAGAGGAAGAAGCUUUCAGAAUGGAAGAGGAGGCUAUCACAUUGAAAAAAGAGGACGAUAUUACAGUGAAAGAGGAAGAUGGGAAAGAGGUUGUCAGAGUGGAAGAGGAGGAGGUAGAAGCUUUCAGAAUAAAGAAGGAGGAAGAUGCCAUAACACUGAAAGAAGAGAAUGUAGUGAAAGAAGAGGAAGAACCCUUUGGAGUAAAAGAGGAAGAGGAGGCUGUCUCAAUAAAAGUGGAGGAAGAAAACGUUUGGGGAGUGAAAGUGGAGGAGACUGAAGAUCCGAUUAACACCAGAGAGAGACAUGACUAUUGUGGAUCCUUUGGGGAGCCUCAACAACAUCCUGAUGCUGACGAGGCAGAAAAGAGUCUCUCCAGAUCAGAACACCAGAUGGACAACGCUAGCCCUUCCUCCUUCUCGGAGUCCCCAUGUCGUGCCUCUCCCGGUAGUGCCUUACUGCUGGGUAUGAAGAGGUUGUCUGUGCUGCUGGUGGACUGCAGGAAAACAACGGGGCUGAGUGGAACUGUGAGAGGAGGAGAAGAGAAGAAAGGAUCAGAUUUGACUCAUCAAAGAGGAAAACCAAACUUGGAGGAACCAAAGAUGUCCAAACCAGCAAGUCGACACCUCUGCUCCCAGAUUGGAAAGAGUUUUAACAAGAUAGGAAGCCUGAAAAUACAUGAGCGAAUACACACAGGGCAGAAGCCUUUCCAUUGCUCCCAGUGUGGGAAGAGUUUUAAGCGGUUAGACACCCUCAAAGCUCAUGAGCGUAUACACACAGGGGAGAAGCCUUACACAUGCUCAGACUGUGGGAUGACAUUUUACUCUUCACACUCACUUAAAAGUCACGCGAGAAUUCACACAGGGGAGAAGCCUUUCCAUUGCUCCCAGUGUGAGAAGAGUUUUAAGCGGUUGGACACCCUCAAAGCUCAUGAGCGUAUACACACAGGGGAGAAACCGUUCCAUUGCUCCCAGUGUGGGAAUAGUUUUAAGCGGUUACUCACCCUCAAAGCUCAUGAGCGUAUACACACAGGGGAGAAGCCUUUCCAUUGCUCCCAGUGUGGGAAGAACUUUAAGCGGUUAGACACCCUCAAAGCUCAUGGGCGUAUACACCAAGGGGCGAAGCCAUUCCAUUGCUCCCAGUGUGGGAAGAAUUUUAAGCAGUUAGACACCCUCAAAGCUCAUGAGCGUAUACACACAGGGGAGAAGCCUUACAAAUGCUCAGACUGUGGGAAGACAUAUUACUCAUCACACUCACUUAAAAGUCAUGUGAGAAUUCACACAGGGGAGAAGCCUUACCUCUGCUCCCAUUGUGGAAAGAGUUUUAGUCACUUUGGAAACAUGAAAGCUCAUGAGCGUAUACACACAGGGGAGAAGCCUUACCACUGCUCCCAGUGUGGAAAGAGUUUUAACUAUUCAGGAAACCUAAAAGACCACAUGAGACUGCACACAGGGGAGAAGCCUUACAAAUGCUCAGACUGUGGGAAGACCUAUUACUCUUCACAGUCACUUAAAAUUCAUGUGAGAAUCCACACAGGGGAGAAGCCUUACCACUGCUCCCAGUGUGGAAAUAGUUUUAGUCACUUAGGAACCCUGAAAGUUCAUCAGCGACUACACACAGGGGAGAAGCCUUACCACUGCUCCCAGUGUGGAAAGAGUUUUGGCCAAGUAGGAACCCUGAAAGCUCAUGAGCGAAUUCACACAGGAGAGAAGCCUUACCACUGCUCCCAGUGUGGAAAGAGUUUUAACCAUUCGGGAAAGCUGAAAAAACAUGUGAGAAUCCACACAGGAGAAAAAUAAUUACUUCUCCUUGACUUCUUAAAAUUCAUCAGAGAACAUACACAGUGCUCCCAGUGUCUUAUAUUGUUGACUGAGAAUGUGUUUACUUGUUUAUACCAUAUGAAUUUAAAUUGUCCAAUGCAUAUUUGUUUUUAUUAGAAAACAUGAAUUGAAUAUGGAGUACAGUGGUUCGUCCUUUAAAAGUUGCAGCGUACUGUAGCACAGCUUGCAUGGUGCCACAUAAUUCUAUGGCAUGUUAUUUAAGUGUCAACCACUGUCACCAUCAAUGCUAGUUAGUGCUAGUUUGACCACCAGAGGACAUCUUUGAGAAGCAUUUAAUCGCCUUCAAUAGUGGCUGUACUAGAGAAUGUAAAACUUUUUUGUAAGAACAAUGUAAAUAAGACUGAUUUCAAGAAAUGUUGCUUUAUUAAUUUGAUUAAUAUUAUGGUGUUUCUAUUCCAAAAAAAUGAAAAACCCUCGGUUUCCGUUUAGAAUGGAACGUAAAAUAUGGCCCUGUACAAUGUGACGGUCUGGAGUGGGCUACAGUACUGGGCUAUUUAGCUAAAGAAUCCCCAUGUAGUGCGGGCACACCGGAGACCGGGGUUCAAUUCCCCUAUGGGGAGGAAGGA